AUGGCUCAGAACGGAGAGACAAAGGCUAACAAUGGCCGAAAACGCGUCCUUGUUGUAGGAGCUGGUGCAGCUGGCAUGUCCACAGCUCACCACUUAUCGGAGCACCCAGACAAAUUUGAUGUGACUCUUAUCGAUGCAGUUGAUUACUGUGGAGGCCAAGCAUUCUCUAUUCCCAUUGACAAAGAACGACAUGGCGCGUCUUGGUGCAAUCAGGGUGUCCAGGGAGGUUCUUACAUCUUCCACCACACUGUCACCAUGUUCAAUCGCCAGGGUUAUCAGGCGGAUCCUUGUGAACUACACGUCUCUUUCGGUAAAGACGAAACCUUUUGGAACAACGUGUUUCCUACCGAGCUACUCGUCCGCCACCAAAAAGAAGUCCGUCGUUUGACAACCCUUCUCAAAGUCAUGCGCUGGUUCGAAAUCUUCUUUGCUUUACUCCCACUGAGACUAGUUUUUAAACUCUUUAUGUUUUCUGAAGAGUUUACCAACACUAUUGCUCUUCCUAUGACAGCCUUGUUCCUUGGUACCGGAAACGAAACACCACGGGUCCCUGCCAUCAUGUUUGAGAGACUCUGUACGUCGCCAACCUACGGAAUGUGGUACCCCUCCGAUAAAAACACUGUCGUGAGCAAUAAACCACCAAUGAUUGUGUUUCCCAAGUUCUCGGAAUUCUACGAAACAUGGCGAAAGGACCUUGUAUCACGUGGCGUCACUGUCCGAUUAUCAACUGAAUUGACCGAGAUUGUCCAACGAAACAAACAUGGAGUUGUUGUCAAGCUCAAGCCCAGAACUCCAAUGCCCGAUCACCACAACCCAGCAGGAGGAGAUCCCAAUGCACCCGUCGGAGAAGAAACGUUCGAUGAACUUGUUCUCUGCUGUCUGGCCGACACAUCGAAGCGCGUCCUAGGAAAGACAGCAACCUGGAAGGAGAAAAAGGUUCUCGGAUCCGCCAAGUUCAGCGACGAUAUUACCAUCACCCACAACGACGCCGAAUACAUGAAGAAGCACUACGAGAACUUUUACCGUGAUGAUCUUGCAGUCGCCAACGUCAACGGCACCGAUCAAACAUCUCGUCUCAACUUUGCAAAGACCGAGUAUCGGCCCAUGUACUACAUCAAGAUGUAUCCUGAGGACAAGUCCAAACUGGAGAUGUGCUUUGACUGCACAAACUAUCAGAGCCAGUUCCCAGAAAAGGUACCCUUUGAGCAACACAUUUUCCAAACCAUUUAUCUCAACAAAGACCGCGAUGGAAAGCUGUGGUCAGAUAGUGAGAUCGCCGAAGACAAGAUUAUUCGAAAGGAUUGGUGGCAUCAGCUUUGUCACAGCUACACACACUACCUCUUCGUCGUCCCGUGGAUGAUGUUCCUCAACGCCAAGAACCAUACUCGUUUCGCAGCCUCGUGGACUCUUGUCAACGCUCACGAAGUUGCCGUCAUGUCGGGUAUCGCCGCUGCCGUGGAUCUGGGAGCGACGUACCCUGAAGAUCUGGAGAAUGAUAAGUUUGCCUUUCUUUGCUUCAGGCUGUACUACCUCCUCACAUACGGAAAGUGGUAUAGACGGAACUUUACUUCCAAGAAGUAUGUGAAGGAACAUGGAGAGACACAGGCUGCUAAGGAUGGUAAGAGUUGGGCUACAGGGCUUUAUGGAAGUGUUUACAAGGGACCGGGUGUUUCUGAGAUUGAGAGGAGUGCUUGGAGGCAGGAGAUCAAGCAGGGUUCCAGCACUGGUAACCUAUCUUAG